AUGGAAGUGAUGGAAAUCGCUGGAAAAUAUCCACUAAGAGCUCCAAUAACUCUUGCUCUCGAAAUGGAUUUCAAGGGGUUGGAUGGAUUAGUUUGGGCAAUGAUCCUAUGGCCUCCAAGAACUUCCUAUCCUAUCGAAACCUCUCGAAGGCGAACCGCUUACCUUUACCUUGCAGCUUCGCCAGCCACAGUAAGCGGCAUGCUCAUUCGAGAAGAACGAGACGAACAGAAGUCCGUAUAUUACGUCACCAAAACGUUAAUAGACGCAGAGACCAGAUAUCCUCCUAUGGAAAAGCUGGCUCUAGCCCUCGUCAUGUCCGCAAGUAAACUGAGACCGUACUUUCAAUCCCACUCCAUUGUAGUCAUGACAUCGCAACCAUUGCGCACUGUUCUACACAGCCCCAACACGUCCGGUCGCUUAGUAAAAUGGGCAAUCGAGCUGAGCGAAUAUGAUAUUGAAUAUUGA